AUGUGGCUGUUUGUGGCAGUGGUGUGCUUAAUGCAACAGACAACAGAGUCAGAAGAAUUCCUCAGGAAACGGCACUUGAAUCCUCAAGAAUUUAUGACCACUAAUGAAAUAAUCCAAUAUUGGGGAUACCCCAGUGAAGAGUAUGAAAUCCUGACAGAGGAUGGCUAUUACUUACAAAUAAACAGAAUUCCUUACGGAAUGCACAGUUCUGGGAAGACAGGUCCUAGGCCAGUUGUUUUACUGGUACAUGGUAUUUUGCUUGAAAGUAGGUGCUGGAUUGCAAAUCUUCCCAACAAUAGCCUGGGAUUCUUCCUAGCAGAUGCUGGUUAUGAUGUUUGGAUGAUAAAUGCUAGAGGGACCAGCUGGUCUAGAAGACACAAGACUCUGUCAAUUGACCAAGAAGAAUUUUGGGAUUUCAGCAUCCAUGAAAUUGCGAUAUAUGAUAUUCCAGCAACAAUAAAUUUUAUCCUGCAGAAAACUAAGCAAGAAGGAUUGUAUGUUAUCAGUCAGUCUCAGGGUGGGACACUUGGUUUAAUUGCCUUUUCACUCUUGCCACAGCUCGCUCAGAAAGUCAAGCUCUUUAUAACUUUUGGUCCUACCUACACACUUGUCGGCACCAGUGGACCUUCUGUGCUAUUUCUCAGUCUUCCAGAUGCAUUAAUAAGCCUCAUAUGGGGAAAGAAAGAAUUUGUCCUUUUCAGUAACAAACUGAAAAGACUGAAUGCCAAGCUGUGUAGUUAUCCAUUGAUAGACAAUUUUUGCCUCCAACUUAUUUUCCUUUCUGUUGGAUGCAAUCAAAAUAACUUAAAUGUGAGUCAAGUAGACGUGAUUGUUGGAAUUUUCCCUGAUUUUGGUUCUGUAAAAAACUUGAUCCACUUGGCCCAGAUUUUUAAAUCAAAAGAACUGAAACGUUUUGACUAUGGCAGUAAGAACAAGGCUAUAUACAACACGACCACUCCUCCAUUCUAUCAAAUUGAAGACAUGGUUGUGCCAACUGCUGUGUGGUAUGGUGGACAUGAUAUUAUAGAAAACAUAAAGGACAUUAAGCUGUUGCUUCCUCGGAUCUCUAAUUUAGUUUUCCAUAAGUAUGUUCCUGAAUGGCAGCAUUCAGAUUCUUUAUUUGGUCUUGAUAUUCCAAAGCAAGAAUUCCCUGAUGUAUUGUAUCUGAUGCAGAAGUACAAAUAA